GCCAAGCGAAUAGAUUCCCCUCAGCUAACUGUAUAUUAUUUAGUUGUAAAAAAGUGUUCAGCCUGUCCGAACAAAACAUCUUUACAGCCUUAUAAAAGUGAAUUAAUUUAUUGUUCAAAAUUGAUAUAUAAAGCCCCCUAAGAAUAUCAAAUGUAACACUCACAAGUUUAUUAUUCAUAUCAGCGCCAUAUAAUUGCGGCAAUUGUCGGUUUCAAUUUAGAUAAAGAUUAUAUUGUGCUCGCAGAUAAAGGAUUUUAUUGUGAGGACGUUAUAGAAAAGUCGCGCGAGGAACAUUUCCACUCAUAACGCUCUUAAGUACAGUGCAGAGUGAUCGAACUUCUACGACGGAAAAUGACGAAGGAUCUAUUGGACCCUCAGAUUCGCGAAGAAUGCGAAGUCUUCCACCUAUCAGAUAAAGCGCUUAGGGAGAUAAUGCACAGACUUCACAAUGACCUAGUUAAAGGCCUCGGCAAAGACACACAUGCUAACUCGAUUGUAAAGUGUUGGAUCACUUACAUACAGGAUCUGCCGAAUGGAAAAGAACGCGGUAAAUUCUUGGCCUUAGAUUUAGGAGGAACAAACUUUAGGGUUUUAAUUAUAAAUCUAGGAGAAAAUCACUUCGACAUGCAGUCGAAAAUUUAUGCUAUACCAAAUCAUAUUAUGACCGGCACGGGGGUUGCCCUCUUCGACCACAUUGCGGAGUGCUUAGCGAAUUUUAUGAAGGAACACGAUGUAUAUGAAGAACGUUUAGCCCUCGGCUUUACGUUUAGUUUCCCUCUAAAACAGCUCGGUCUGACCAAAGGGAUAUUACAACGUUGGACGAAAGGUUUCUCAUGUAGCGGAGUCGUCGGCGAAGAUGUCGUACAAGGCCUUAAGGACGCUAUCGCUAGGAGAGGGGACGUACAGAUCGAUAUAUGCGCUAUUCUGAAUGACACAACGGGUACAUUGAUGUCUUGCGCGUGGAAAAACCACAACUGCAAAAUAGGACUCAUCGUGGGCACGGGCAGCAACGCGUGCUACGUGGAGAGGACGGAGAACUGCGAGCUGUUCGACGGCGCGCCCGGCAAGCCCGAGCUGCUCAUCAACACGGAGUGGGGCGCCUUCGGCGACGACGGCGCGCUCGACUUCAUCCGCACCGAGUUCGACCGCGACGUGGACGCCAACUCCAUCAACCCCGGCAAGCAGAUCCAAGAGAAGAUGAUAUCAGGAAUGUACAUGGGUGAACUCGUCCGCCUGGCGCUGGUCAAAUUCACAAAGAUGGGACUACUAUUUGGAGGGCGGGGCUCCGACCUACUGUUCCAGAAAGGCAGCUUCUACACUAAAUAUGUGUCUGAAAUAGAGUCCGACAAACCCGGAGACUACAGCAGUUGUAUGGACGUAUUGGAAGAGCUUGGGCUGGCGCACGCGUCGGAGGCGGACAUGUGCGGCGUGCGCGCCGCGUGCGAGAGCGUGUCGCGGCGCGCGGCGCACCUGGUGGCGGCCGGCCUGGCCACGCUGCUCAACAAGAUGGCCGAGCCGCGCGUCACCGUCGGCAUCGACGGCUCCGUGUACCGCUUCCACCCGCACUUCCACGCGCUCAUGUGCGACAAGAUCGCCGCGCUCGUGCAGCCCGGCCUGCAGUUCGACCUGAUGCUGUCGGAGGACGGCAGCGGGCGCGGCGCGGCGCUGGUGGCGGCCGUGGCGUGCCGCGAGCAGGCGCUGGCGUAGGCGCGCCGCCCCUCCUUUUAUAUUUUUGUACUUCCGGUCCCGCUCGUCCGCUCGCCGCAACCGGCCGCCUCCGAGUGGCCUGCGUGGCGAAUCGGCCGUUUGUGUUUGCGUCGCAGGGCCGCCGUCCGGGCCGUGUUGAUGCCGCACGGGGACCUUACGAUCGCUUGAAACUCUGCCAGCCGUCUCUAUUUCGGUCACGUCGUACACAUUGUGACAUUGUAAAUGAUUUUAAUUGAAUUGUCAGCAGUAUCGCCGAUCAGAAUGUGAUCGGCUCGAAUGUACCUCGUUCGGUUUUAAAUGUCAAAAGUAGAAAUUGUGGACCAAUCGGUGACUUGGUUUACGCCUGCCGUCGAACCCUCUCCGAACGCUCUUUGCGGCUCCCACGGUAACCCUGCGACGCGUGAAGAGAAACGAGCGAUCCGUGGAGAUCGGAAAUCGGAACAUUAUAUUUAUAUUAGUUUAGAUUAAUGGUCGUCGCGUGCUUCGGCCCUCGGGCGGUAGUUUACAUGCGCGCGGUUCGUUUGAAAAUAUGCUGAUACUUGAGUGACGCGGUCUCGACACUGGAAUGAUCCAGUGUGAAGUAAAUAAUGUAAUGAGGCCGUAUCCCGUCACUAAUGUUUACAUAAACUGGGAGAGACACUAAGAAAUGUUCGUUAUGUUCAAGACGCGUGUACUUAUGUUUAUACCGUACCUUACUUUAGUCUAGUCAAUGUCAAAAAACGAAUAAUCGGCUUUUUAUUAUUCUUCUAAAGUAAAUAAAAUCUUUUUAUAGUAGAAAUAACUGAAGCUGUACAAAAGAUAUAUGAUUUUGUACUUGUUGCUUUAUAAAAUUCAUAUCUUAAGACUGACUUACAUAUUCACACUUUUAAAUUUGUUUACUCCAAUCAAAUAACUAAUCUUAGUGUCAAUCUACGCAGUACGCAUUGUAUUUGAUCGCAAUAAGUGUUUAUCAACAUAAUAUACUUUUAUGAAACUUUUAACAACAGUGAUUAUAUUGUUAUUAUUUUUGAAACAUAGUAAUUUCUACACUUUACAACAAAUAUUGGUCUUGUAAUAUAAGAAUCUACUUUUAUAUCAAAUUAUUGAAAAAAUAUAUGAUAUAUCGUUGAACAUAUUAAAAUGAAUUUUAAUAUGAAUUAUUUAUAUUAUUUUAAAUUAAAUAUUGUGUAUUGAUAGCAUCAAAUAACUAAAGUGAAUAUUUCGUUGUGUGUGCGGUGAGCACUUUGUGAUUGAAACACAUCAUAAGUUGUGUAUCUGCCGAGAAAUAUUAAAAAUGUAGCAAUACUAAGAAUCUCAGUAGUCAUGCUGGCCUUACGCUACUUUAGAAUCAUUAUUUCAAUCAUUCCAUUAAAAAUUGCAUCAAUACACACUGAUUAGUAUCAUUAAAAUUAUGAUUUAAAUUUAAUUAUUGUACAUGAUGUAGUAUCGUAUGUAGUUUGUAAUUAAUUUAGCUUUUAUUCAUUUUAAGUUCAAUUCAAUCCUUGAAACAAAUGCAUAUUAACGAUUGGAGUGAACUCUUAAUGGGAUUCAUGUGAGUGUUUUUAUUAUUUUACUGUGAUAGAACUAGGACUUACUGUAAAGUGUUUUGUUUGCUUGGAAUUAUUCAGUAGUUGUAACAAAUGAUAUUAAGUUCAUAAGUAAAUUAAGAAUUACAACGAGAUAUUCCGAAAUCAGAGCGAGCCGGAUUAUAACUUAUACCAGUUUUCGUUUCAAUCGUUCAUUGAAAUAUGUAAGGAUAAGGCGAGUGCUAAGUACGAUAUUAGGUCAUAGUGUGACGUCACUUCACGUUAUAGUUCCUAGUUACAAAUAGGUGCAUUUUAUUUUUAGAGUUGUAUUUUUCAUGAUUUCUCGCAGUUUGUAACUACUUAAGAAUUAUGUUUAAUAUGUUGACAUUUAUACACAUAAAUUAUUUAUUUUCGAGCACAAAAAUAAUGGAUGGUUUACGUUUGUAAAUUGCACCAUUUUAUUGUGUUGUAGGGAUUUGUGGCUUAAGUACAUAUAAAUACAGAGGAUACUUAACUAUUUCUAAAGAUUGUACAAUUUGUUAUUUUUAUAAUUAUAAGAAAAAGAAAAAUCUAUAUUGCGAUUGGGUUAUUGCUCUCAUUUUGCUCAAACUUUUGAAUUUUCUUUGUUUCGUCGCUAAUGUAAAAUAACAUUGACUUUUGUUCUGCAUAUAUUCGGCAAGUCGCUACAUUCCACAUAAUAUGUGAGACUAUAGUAACAUGAAACUAUGAAAUAAUAACACAGCGUGUGUUCGUAAAGCAGAAGGAACAUAUCGCCAUCCCGACACGUCCACUAGUGCAUUAAUAAGAUAUUAAGGUUUACAAGCACUGGCUGCUUCAUAAAACAAUUCAUGUAUAAUUAAUUGUAUGAUUUUUAUUAUCCAAUGUUUGAAAAUAUUUUAUAAAUAUUUAGGUAACAUAAAUGGAGCAAACGAAUUCAAAGUGAACCGUUGUUUAUGAAAUUAGCUCUAAUUCUGUGAACGCUGUUAACAAUGUUAUUUCAAGAAUAAAUUUUUAAAAACAG